AUGUCAACAGAAUCAUCAAUUAAUAUUAAACUUCGACUUUAUUAUUUUAAUUGUCGUGGACGUGUUCAAGCUGUUCGUUAUAUGCUAGAAGAUAUUGCAUAUAUACAUAAAAAUGUUGAUUAUAAAGAAGAUUUUGAAUUACUUGAAAAACGAGAUGAAAUAUGGUCACAACAUAAGACUAAUGAAACUAUUUCAGGUCCAUUUCAUAAUUUACCUGUACUUCAUUGGAAUGAUACAGAUACUUUUGCUCAAACUUUAACAAUAGGUUUGUUUCAAUAAUUAAAAAUAAAAUUCUUUCUAUUUUCCUUUUUAUAGG